CAUACAAGCAAAGAAAGAACGAAAAAGAGAAGAAACUUACAAAAAUAAAAUAUGAAGUUAGCUGCAAUCUUCUUGGCUACUUGUGUCUUAUUCUCCCUUCUCUCAAGCCACCUUGCGCAAGGUGCACAGAGAAGGCCAUGGUGUCCGUCAAAGAAACAAGUGUUCGGUGGUUCUUGCGGAAAAGAUGGAGCGCAACAAUGUCUAAAUAACUUAUUAAGUACAUGGGAUCCAAGUGUAAGGCUCAGCCCAGUCUCCUGCAAUUGCACUCCUCAACCUAACAACAAUAUUCUUUGUAGUUGUCCUAAUAUGAUAUGCCCCUAGAAAACGUCUAUUCAAGACCCUAUACUGUUGUUCUGAAUCAUUAUAUUCUGUGUAUCAAUAAUAAAGUUUCAGUUUCCAUUGAGAACUCCAAAGAUGAUAUAUAUAUACUUGGAUCUCAGACUUCUCAAAUGUUCGAAGGCUUAAAUCACUGAUUGGUAUAACAAUGCAAACGUGUUAAAUGAAAUGAUGUUGUAUAGAAUACAAUGACGAAUGCAUCCACCAAAUAAGAUUCUUACCGACUUCAUCAUAUUAAGCCCGACAACCUUUUUUUUUAUGGGUCAAGACAAAAACACUACGCAGUUGAAAGCGACCUAGAGCCUCUGCCAAGACCACUUUAAUAGCUCAGUGCAUUCCGCUUUUGUAUUAUUCAGAACGUGGUCCAAUGAGACUUACAUUUCCACUUAUAGAUCCAUAAUUAUGUUUGUUGAUUAAUCAUGUAAGAGAGAAUGUAGACAAAAGUAAGAAAUUGAACAAAAAAAAGGUGUAUGUAGUUAACUUAACUAACAUGUGUAGAAAAAAUGAGCCACUGUAAUCAUUGAAACAUUAAACAAUAAUAUAUGCAAAGAAUAACAUUAUAAUUUGUGGUGGUCCAAAUGUUGAAAAACUUGAUUUAGAGAGAUC